CAUAAUUAUAAAUUGAGAAUGUUUUUUUUUUAGGUUAAAAAUAGAAGUUCUGCAGAAUACGUUCAACUUUAGCAUUUUAUACUUCUAGUUGCAGUCAUUAAGAAAAUAAUUUUAGUACAUAUAAAGGAAAAGAAAAAGUAUACAAUGCCAGACAACACAGCAAUGGAAUGGCCCUGGCAAUAUCAAUUUCCUCCCUUUUUUACUUUGCAACCUCAUACUGAAACAAGAACGCGACAACUAUCUACUUGGCAUAAUCUUGUACUUGAUUACUUUCGAACAACUAGACAAUACAAAUUGGAUUUAGGGGAAGCUCAAAGACUUGCACUUUUUAACAAUACAGAAAUAAAUAGGAAAUGUGACAGAGAGUUUAUAUUAAUCAUUUUGGAAGAACUUGAGAAGACAAAAAAUUCAGCUCCUUUAGAUAAAACAAGAAAUCGAUGGGAGAUAUAUUGGCACACAUUACAAGAGUGGGCAGACAUUAUUUACAGCUAUAUUGUAAAUAGAGGAGCUACAGGUAGUGUUUUAACAUUCUAUGAACUAACUCACGGUGAUGAUGUAACAGAAGAGGAAUUCAAAGGUAUGGACGAUAAUAUACUUUUAAAAGUUUUGAGAGUUUUAGAAGAACAAAGAAAAUGUACAGUUAUGUUGUAUGAUGAUCAGCAAGGUGUAAAAUUUUUUUAAUAUUACCUUUUAUAUACUUGUUAAUAAUAUCAAAAUAAACCGAUAGAAUACA